CCUGCUAAGACGGCACUGGCCAGUUCACUUUCUAGCAAGCCAGUGCCACCACGCUCCAGAGAAGUCUCUACAGCAGGGCUGGACAUGCUCCAGAGCAAGCUGGACUUUUUCCGCAAGCUCGGCUAUGGUAAGCAGGACAUCUGCAAAGUGCUGGAGAACCUGGGCCAAGAGGCCUUGGAGGAUGACGUGCUGAAAGAGCUGAUUCGGAUGGGGAGCAAACCUCAAGCUCUGGAGAGCCAGACUCAACCUUCCCCGCUAAAACUUGUUGCCCGUGGCUCAUGUAACCCUUCACCAGGAUCAGAGUGGCUUGGAGAAGAUGAUUCUUCUGAUCAUUUGAGGCCCAUUGUGAUCGAUGGCAGCAAUGUUGCAAUGAGUCAUGGAAACAAAGAGGUAUUCUCAUGCUGGGGGAUCCAGCUGGCAGUGGAUUGGUUUCGAGAAAGGGGGCACACGUACAUCAAGGUUUUUGUCCCACUCUGGAGAAAGGAGCCCCCUCGACAAGACAGUCCAAUUGCAGACCAGCACAUUCUUGAAGAGCUUGAAAAGCAAUCAAUCCUUGUAUACACCCCAUCCCGGAAGGUGAAAGGCAAGAGGGUAGUUUGCUAUGACGAUCGCUAUAUAGUGAAAGUCGCUUAUGAGAAAGAUGGAGUCAUUGUUUCCAAUGACCAUUACCGGGAUCUCCAGAAUGAAAACCCUGAGUGGAAAUGGUUUAUUGAGCAGCGGCUACUCAUGUACUCUUUUGUCAGUAACAGGUUUAUGCCUCCUGAUGAUCCAUUAGGCCGGCAUGGACCCACACUUAAUAACUUCCUCAGCAAAAAGCCAGUGCUUCCUGAACCAACAUGGCAGCCUUGCCCCUAUGGUAAAAAGUGCACCUAUGGCAAUAAAUGCAAAUUUUAUCACCCAGAGAGGAUGCAUCAAGCCCAGCUCUCAGUUGCCGAUGAGCUCAGGGCCAAAAUAAAGGACCCGUUUAGCCUGGGGAAAGAGGAGGAGCAGCGUAACUGCUCACCGUAUAGGACUAGAGGAGACCCUGCACUGUCUGAUGCCUGCACAGAAAUGCUGCAAGGAGCCAGCAGCUGCGCAGGGACUUUCUCCUACCCAGGGUGGUCCUGGGGGAGCUGUCGUGAGCAGACAUCCAGCACUGGGGCUGGUGGUCCCAGUGCUGACCUGAGGCUGGACCAGCGGUUUCUACAUCCAGAGCCAGUGAGAGACCAGCAGCCAGGGCUGCUCCUGGAGAAGAUGUCAGUGCUGUCCAUCAGUGAUGACACCUGUGGUUACAGUCAGUCCAUAUGUACCUCAUGGGACAGAGAGGUGAUGGACAGCCCUCAUCACUGCAGUGACCUUGGGUACAACCUGUACGGUCUUCACCAACCCGAUAGCUUGGACUGCACCUGCCUACCAGGAUGCCCUUUCCAGCAAAUGGUGCUUGUGCCUGCACGGGGUGGGAUGCGCCCAGACCACAGCUGGCCUCAGGAGUGCUGUGGCAUGCACGGGGUGGGUCAGAGGAGCUGCUACAUCCCUGAUGGGUCUCAGCACAAACAGGCCCUGGAGACUCAGCACCAUGCUUUGCCGCAGUCUGCAGCUCUUUCCGCUGACCUGCGUCACUUGUACAGCAAGCAUCAAUUGCACCAGCAGCAGCACUGUUUCCCUGGCCAGUCAUCACGGCCACCCUUUCUGUUAGACUCCAGCAGUGGCCUGGGCUUCUUCCAGAAAGCUCAUGCUUACCCCAAUGCCUCUUCUGGUGACUACUGGCCCAACCCAGCUGCGAGGUCACCUUCUGUCCAGCAAGCAAACAUACACAGGGAGCUGUGCUCCCUUUUCCCUUAUGGUGAGGUGAACCAUGUCAUGGCUUUGUACCCUGAAAUCAAGGACAUUGCUAGCUUGACUUUACUGAUUCAAAGACACAGAAACUCGUGA